AUGAUGGACUUGCAGCCUGCCGCCGCUCUUGGGUCCUUUCUCACCAUCGCCCUCACGAUUGCAAUAUAUCGCAGACCUCAGACGCUCCCGCUGCCCCCAGGUCCAAAACCCCGGCCACUAGUUGGAAACGCCCUUGAUCUUCCUCACACCAAACAGUUUCUCGCGUUCGAUCAGUGGGCAAAGGACUACGGGGACAUUGUCCAUAUCAGUCUUUUGGGUCAACCGGUCAUUGUCCUUAACAGUGCCGAGGCGGUCACCGACCUUCUCGAGAGGCGUUCCGCCAUCUAUUCAGAUCGUUAUCACUCAACAGUCGUUGACAUGAUCGGAUGGGACUGGAACGUGGCCCUCAUGUGUUACGGCACACGCUGGCGGCAGAUCCGACGCUCCCUGCACGAGCACUUUCAUCAGUCUGCCUCGCGCAAAUUCCAACCCGCGCAGGUCUCCGGUGCUCGCGAUCUUCUGUUCCGCAUGUUGCAAAACCCUCAGAACUUUGUGCACGAUCUCCGCUACGUGCUCGGGGCGACUAUUCUAGAGGUCUCUUAUGGGGUCAAGGCCAAGGGUGCCACUGAUGAGUAUAUCCUGAUUGGGGAAAGAGCAGUAGAAGGGCCUACGAAGUCGCUGGUGCUCGGCGCCCUGUGGUGCGAAUUCUUGCCGUUCUUGCGGCGACUUCCGUUUGGAUGGCCGGGUGCGUCGUUUGCGCGGAAAGCUGUCCGAUAUCGGGGCGAGGCCAUGGAUCUGAAGCACACGCCGUUCAAGAAGGCGAUGGCCGACAUGCAAAGCGGUACAGGGACCUGGUCUCUCGCCACGGACGUUAUGACCCGUGACGACAACAACGACCUUCCUGCGAAGGACCGGGAAGAGCUGGCUAUGAGUGUCGCAGGUGUUGUCUACGGAGCCGGUGCUGACACAAGCUUCUCGACUCUAGAGACAUUCUUCUUGGCUAUGUCUCUUUACCCCGAAGUACAGUGCAAGGCUCAGGCCGAGCUCGAUGUGGUAGUCGGCUCUCACCGGCUUCCUGAAUUCGCGGAUCAGAGCCGCCUGCCUUACAUUGUUGCCAUCGUGAAGGAAUGCUUGCGGUGGCAGAAUGUCUUUACGCUGGGUCUACCCCACCGGGUCAUGGAGGAAGACGAAUACAAGGGAUAUCGCAUUCCCAAGGGCUCCAUGGUCCUCGGGAACGUUUGGACGAUGACACACAACCCGGAGAUGUAUCCCGAGCCCAUGACGUUCAUGCCGGAACGCUACCUCAAGGACGGUGCGUUAAACCCGGAAGUUCAGGAUCCCGGUGCCUUUGCUUUCGGUUUCGGACGCAGAGCUUGCCCGGGACGCCACUUCGCCCUCGCUUCGAUCUUUAUCUACGCAGCCUCGGUGCUCCACACCUUCGAGAUCCACCCGAAGAAAGACAAGGUCGGCAACCAUGUGGAGGUGGACCCCACCGAUCUCUUGCACGGAGUUGUAUCGUACCCCUCCAAGGUCGAGUGUGACAUAGUCCCUCGCUCCGCAGAGGCCGCAGCACUCGUACGGAAUUGUGCCAUGCAGUAG